AUGGGUCGCAGCAGAAGGUCCAAAAUCUAAACCGCGACCACCACCACGCAGCAGCGGCAAAACAGAUAAGGAGGAAGAGGAAGAGAGGGGGGUGAAAAGAGAAAUGGCAAUUCAGCUGAAACAUCUUCACACCUCCAACUUCACGCAUCGACCGAAGCCCUCUCUUUCCGCCGUAACCCGUCACCGGCAGUCAGCUCUCCAGUGCGCCAACGCAGUCUCCGGCGUCGGCAAAGGCCAGCAGCUGAUACAGUCGGGCGCCGUGCGUGCCGUGCAGCCGAAGGAGGCGGUGGCGGCCAUGGAGUCGGAAGGGUACGUGCUCCUGGACGUGAGGCCGGAGUGGGAGAGGGAGAAAGCACGCGUGUUGGGGUCGGUGCACGUCCCGCUGUUCGUGCGGGACAGGGACGGUAGUCCCCUGACGCUACUGAAGAAGUGGGUGCAUUUUGGGUACAUUGGGCUGUGGACUGGCCAGUAUUUCACCAUGAUCAAUCCUCUGUUUCUUCAGCAAGUGGAGACGAAGGUCCCUGAUAAGGACUCCAAGCUCCUCCUGGCCUGCGGUGAAGGACUGAGGUCGAUGAUGGCGGCUUCAAAGCUGCACGGAGGAGGGUACAGUAACCUGGGAUGGCUGGCCGGAGGCUUCAACCGCGCCGGAGACAAUGACUUCCCUGCGGUUGAAGGGCCUGAGAAGUUGCAGUAUGCCACAAUUGGUGGUGUUUCUUAUUACUUCCUUAAAUUGGUUUUGCUGCUUCAAGAUUUGGGAAAGAAUAGUCAAAAUACAUUUUGAUUGUGUCGUCUUGGCGUCGAAUAAUUUGUAUCAUUCAUAUGUACCCGAUGAUCUCACCUAGCGUGUAGAUUGAGUUGGUUUUUCCAAGUACUAAAUGCAGAUUGCAUUAUGACA